AUGGACACAGAAUAUUGCUUUCCAUCAGUAAAUGAUUCCUGUAUAAAAAGUAAAAGGACAACGAUCACUCGUACUGCUUUGUACAUCUGUAUGAUAAGCUGUAUGUUAUUUACUAUUUGUGGAAAUUUACUGGUAAUAAUUUCAGUUUCUCAUUUCAGACAGCUCCAUUGUCCUACAAAUGUUCUGGUCUGUUCUUUGGCAGUUGUUGAUUUCCUUGUUGGCUUCCUUAUUAUGCCAUAUAGCAUGAUACGGUCAGUCGAUUCCUGUUGGUAUUUUGGAAAUGAAUUCUGUAAGGUGCAUACUAGUUUUGAUAUGAUGUUUUGCACCUCUUCUGUAUUUCAUCUUUGCUUUAUAGCUAUUGAUCGAUAUUAUGCUGUGUGUGAUCCUUUACGUUACUGCACAAAAAUUGACUUCUCUAUAGUGAUAUUGUUUGUAGCAAUAAGCUGGAUAAUUCCAGCACUGUUUGCUUUUGGGAUUACCUUGUCUCAUAUAGGUUUAGUUGGGACUGAUGAUUACUUUGCCUCAAUAAGCUGUACUGGUCUGUGUAUAAUGCUAUUUAACAAAAUAUGGAUUGUGUUUAGUUCAACAUUAUCAUUCAUUGUUCCAACCACAGUGAUGGUCUCCAUUUACAUUAAGAUUUUUUUUGUAGCAAAGACACAUGCUAAACCUGCUAUGAACCAAAAUGAUAGAAGAUUCAAAACCAAACUGCACAUCUCAAGCAACAAAGAAAGGAAAGCAGCUAAAACUCUGAGUAUAGUAAUGGGGACAUUUAUUAUUUGCUGGCUUCCCAGUAUUGCUUUAAAUAUUUGUGAUCCUUUUCUGAAUUAUUCUACACCAGCAAUCUUACUUGAUGCAUCUGCAUGGCUUGCAUAUUUCAAUUCUGGUUUUAAUCCUAUAAUUUAUGGUUUCUUUUAUCCAUGGUUUCGGAAGUCAUUGCAUGCAAUCUUAAGUGGUAAAAUAUUAAGUCCUGACUCUCGUACAAUAAGGCUGUUUGUAGAAAACUAG